CCGAUCGAUAAUAUCUAUCAUUUCAUACGAAACUGAUCCUGUCCAGUCCAUGCUCCAGUCUUUCGUGACCCAUCGUAGAGCUCCAUCGCACCCAAGGUAGGGCAACGACCGAAUUUGUCAGUAUGCUGGAGAUGGAUCAAAUUCGAUCCAACGAUGGCUUUUGCGAUCAGGCCAGCCUGAGGGGUCUGCAUCAUUUUCCCACCAUGCAUCAUCUAUCUAUCAUUUUUCUUCCCUCGUUGCCGGAGAUUUACUCACGCUGGCUGAACUGCAUCUACAGUCUCCAUAUCCAGGCACAUACAUACAGGGUGGUGGUCAUGCCCACCUUCCGGGGCCCGGAGCUGGGGCAUUCUGUCGCCCGAAUGUCAGUCAAAUUGCCGCCACGCACUUGAUACACCGGCGUUCACGGACGAUCUCCUACAGGGAUGGCAUGGCUUCCAUGUUUCAUCCGCCAACCAGCCAGCCAGCAAGCAAACAAGCCAGCAGAUAGACUAGACUAGACUAGACUAGAUGUUACCUAGAUAGAAU